AUGCGUCUAGCCGCCCUGCCCGCCGAACUACAGAAUGCCGUCCUCGAUCAUCUUGAACCGGACGAACUCAUUACCCUCCAACGCACCACCCGCAAAUUACGACGCUACCGCAUGAAGAGCCGACGGUAUUUCGCGCCGUUUUCCCGAUUCGUUUUUCGGAUCCAUGCCGUCCGGAAACUCGAGAUCCACAUCGGUGCCCUGUACACUUCGCCUAAUCCAUGGUCACCGUACGGAUGGCACAUGUACCACUGGUACCAAAAGGAGACACGGGAUUACUGGCCGCUGCAACGAUACAAGAAAGUUCCGCUGAUACAGGAUGAAUUGAUGGAGCGCCAGUUUCGUCGCGACCAAUGGAGAAACCCUUCGGCAGAACGAGUGCUCAUCUGGGAGAUCCGGUACCUCAAUACUACGCUCAAAGCACUACAGGAAUUGAUGAAAAUGGGGUCAUCACUGCGGCCAGACCAGAUGCUGACGAUAUUCACGCAUCACUACCCGGGGAAGCCGUGGAACUGUCAACAGAUUGUGGAUGCGCUAAAAGGGAUGGGCUGGGGACGAUUUAUGGGUGAUUCGUGGGAUUGCUUUCACGUCAACCAGAUGUACGACCGAUACGUUUCCAAAAUUGACAAGGUCGAGUAUGGUGUUCCUUUGCAGAAUUUUCCCGAUGACUUCGAAGUCCACCAUCUCUAUCUGACGCAUGAGAGCACAGGAGUAAUGAUGAUGAUCCGGUGGCCGCAGCGGUACGCAUAUACUUGCAAUGGAGAUUACCACGUGUUUUCGAUCAUCAACCCUAGGCACCGA